CUUUCCUAGAUAACCCUCUGUUUCAUAGUAAAGAGAAAGAGAGAGACAGAGUCGAUAACUAUGGAGAGAACAACGACCUUAUGGGUUUGGUUUAUUCUUACGAUUUUCAUAGGAAUCUCUAUUAAUGGAGGUUUCUCUGAAGGACAGCAACAUCUUACGAAGAAGACACGUUCUUCUGCGGUUGUGGUCGGAACUGUCUACUGUGACACUUGUUUUAAUGGCGCCUUUUCCAAAUCACCCAACCACUUAAUCCCAGGUGCGUUAGUUGCAGUAGAAUGCAUAGACGAGAACUCGAAACCGAGUUUCAGACAAGAAGUGAAAACAGACGAGCACGGAGAGUUCAAAGCAAAGCUACCAUUCUCUGUAAGCAAACACGUGAAGAGGAUCAAGAGAUGCUCGGUGAAGUUGCUAGCUAGCUCAAAGCCAUACUGUUCAGUAGCUGCUUCCGCGACUUCUUCUUCUCUCAAACGCAUUAAAACGAGCAAACAACAUGGUGACAACACUCGGGUGUUCUCCGCAGGGUUCUUCACUUUCAAACCCGAAAACCAACCAGAGAUCUGUAGCCAAAAACCGAUCAAUCUCCGUGGAACCAAGCCUCUAUUACCGGAUCCUGCAUUCCCUCCACCAAUCCAAGAUCCGGUUCCUAACAAUCCUUCUCCUCUCCCAAACCUCCCAAUCAUCCCUCCGCUUCCGGACUUACCUCUUCCUCAACUCCCUCCUCUUCUUCCUCCAGGAACGCCUCAGAAAUCAGCUUCCUUGCAAAACAAGAAAGGUGAUUCCUUGGAAGACAAGAAAACCGAAGUACUAAAACCAAAUUUCUUCUUUCCUCCAAAUCCGGUAACGCCUCUCCUCCCUCCAACACCGCUUAACCCGCCUCUUAUCCCUCCAAACCCACUAAACCCGCCGUCUCUUAUCCCUCCAAACCCGCUAAAUCCGCCGUCUCUUAUCCCACCAAACCCUUUGAUUCCUUCUCCGCCAACUCUUCCUCUUCCACCGCUACCGUUUCAGCCGCCUCCUUCGACGUUGCUUCCUCCUCUGCCGUCGGUUCCGACUCUUCCUCCUGUUCCGGUCAUAACUCCGCCUUCACCGACGCCACCUUCUUCUUUCCCUGUUCCUAUUCCUCUCCCUCCCCUCAUCCCUGGAACCCCUCCCAUCAUCCCUGGAAUCCCUCCCAUUAUCCCUGGAGUCCCUCCGGCUUCGACUUCCUUUUCUAGUCACCAUCAACCCUAAAUUUCAUUAUCCUUUCUCCACACCUUUUUCUCAUCAUGUAAUCUAUAAUAUAUGUAUCAUCUCUGUUUUUUUGUUUUUUUUUUUGGUUUCCUCGGCAUUUUCACUUGUUGGCUUGUUGUAAUUUCAAUAAUUAUUGUUAUUAAGGAGUUUCAUUUUCUGAUU